CUCGAGAUCCUUCCCGUAUCACGGCUACGUUCGCGCGGCACGCGCAAUUGAAUUUCCGAUAGUGAUUUCGACGUAACGACGGAGAUUACCAUAAAUUUCGCACGUAUUUCCAUAAUUAUGGAUAUAAGAGUUAACGAUAAUGACGUCGCGAAGGAGGAAUCGCGAUGCUUCGUCUGCGACGCCCAAGUCCGGGGUCGUUAUUACACCCUGGCUACCUGCAGAACGCAAAAUUCGCAGGCCAGGGUAAUCGAGAAGCUCGGCGAGCUGGUCGGUGAGAGAUACAUGGUUGUGAUAUCCGAGGACGACGUGAUCUGUCGGAGUUGUGCCGUCCUCGUCAACAACCUCGACAGGCUGGAGACGGAGAUGCGCAACGUGCGGAAUCACGUCCUGAGAUUCCUAGAGCGGAAGUACUUCCUGGAGGACGGGGAGCUCCGGGGCAACAGCGACAGGCCGAAACCGUGCCAGCCGCCGCAAAUUACGAAGUCGAACGCGAGGGAGGUUACCAAUUGUUGCGCCAGACAGAGUGAAAUUGACUUGGAAACGUACUACUCGAAGAACAAGCAGAUACGAAAGAGAUCUCACUCGUGGCUGCAAUGCGACAAGUGUAAAUAUACCACCCAUCUCAACUCCUUCAUGAUGCACCAUUUGAGGGAUCAUGUCAAGCAGAAGACAUCCUGUGAUGUCAGAUGUGAACUGUGUGUUAAUCAGGAAGAAACCGUGCACCACUGUGCCGACACGAAUAAAUCGAGCAAUAAGGAGAAUGAGAGAGAUAAUUCUGACACUCUUGCCAGAAAUGAUUCCAUGGAAGCAUCGUCUAUAGAAAAGAGGAUGCAAUCAGUUUUGCUACCCGCUCAAACACCACCACCUGCAAUGAGUUUAGCGAGUAACGAUCACGUGUAUAUCUCUAGUAUAUUACCAGCGAAUGGUCCCGCACCCUUCAAGCAACCGAUGUACAUUUUGCAACCGCUAAACACUGAUAUUGACAAUUCAAGGAGGAAUACAGCGAGAUCAGAUUCUGUGCAAGAGACGGAAGCAAAGUCCAGAGGUGAAGGUAGAGGACAGACGUUGACUCUGAUGGAGGACGGAAGUCUGGGAAUGAUGGAAAUAGCUUGCUGGAAUGAAACGUGAAGCGUCUCGAGCUAGUAAUAAUGCCUCAUCGACGUUGAUUGUGGAUGUUAAAAUUGUUUUAUUGUUCUCGCAUUUUAUUAUUGUUAUGGAUUAGCUGGCCAAAAUAAUAAAUCCAGCACUGUAACAAACUGU